CAAUUGUCAUUGACAGUUAUAGUCAUGUAAAGCAAAAAAAUUGUUAAAAAUUUAGCUUGAUAAAAGAAAUUUAUAAAUUACGCUAAAUAUUACAUAUUAUUAAAUUAUAAUCACAUUGUAUAUUGUACAUUUGGUUUCACAAGUCUUGUUGUGACGCUAACUAUUAACUACUAACUAUAACAUUAUUAUAACACGUAGGCAUUUAAAUAUUGAUCAUGGUGAAGGUAUAUGGACUUGUGGUUUUGUAUAAAGGAGUGACCAGUGCCACAAUUUUAAAAGCAGCAUAUGAUUUACAAAGCUUUAGUUUUUUCCAAAGAUCUUCUGUUCAAGAGUUUAUGACUUUUGUGAGUAAGACAAUUGUUGAGAGAACACAUCAAGCAUCCAGGCAAUCAGUAAAAGAAGGUGAAUAUAUGGUUCAAGUAUAUGUAAGAGCAGAUAACCUUGCAGGGGUUCUUAUAUCAGAUCAUGAAUAUCCGAAUAGAGUUGCACAUACUCUUAUAACAAAACUGCUUGAUGAUUUUUCUGCUAAAGUGCCAGUGGCAAUUUGGCAGACUGGAGAUGAAACAACUAUUGACUUUCCUGUCCUCCCACAAUAUUUAGCCAAAUAUCAGAAUCCUAAGGAAGCAGAUGCUUUGACUAAAAUACAGAAUGACUUAGAUGAAACUAAAAUUAUUCUUCAUGACACAAUCAAAGCUGUGUUAGAGAGGGGAGAAAAAUUGGAUGACUUAGUCGAAAAAUCAAAUAGUCUUUCUAUGCAUAGUAAAGCAUUCUAUAAGACUGCUCGUAAGACAAAUAGUUGUUGUAAUUUUUGAGGGAUUUUGAUGUUGAUUUCAAAUGAUUGAAUAUUAUAUUUGCCUAAAACAGUAUGAAAAGCAUUUUAUAUGUAAUGUGUUAAAUUGUUGUUCUUAGCAUUUUUUGAGUAUAGAUAAAUGUAUAAUCCUGAUAUAUUAAAAUAAAUAUUAUAAAAUAGGUAAGACUGAUAUGGAUUACCAUUAUGUAAAGCACUUAGCUUACGGAAUACUUAAUAUGGAUGAGAUUAGCAUGAAUAAAUCUAUUUUGAAAACCUAAAUCAAUCCCACUAAAUGAUUACUACCAUGUUUAUGAGUGAUGUUAUAUACAAUAUUAUAAAAUGUAUGAAAUCUCAAUAAAUUAUCUUAUGUAACAAAAAUAUUACAGUGUGAUAUUCUCAAUGUGUAUUAUGUAUGGUCUUCUAUAUCAAUGUAUCUGUAGGAUCUAUUCUAGUAGAUAUAGUUGUAUUUAUAUUGCCAAUUAUGUAGCAUGAAUCCAUACUGAUUAUAUAGUAGAGGUUGUCCUUACAAGCUAGUUUGUUCCUAAUAUGGUUUAAUUUUACCUUAAGCUUUCAAUUCAUUAGCUUAAGCAUGUUUGCAAUAUUUUUUUUCUUAAAUACAUGUCUAGAGAACAAAAGGAUGUCUAGAAAUCACUUUACGUAUGUAGAUUAAUAUUUGUCUAUAUCUAGUUACUAUAUGGUAACCUAUGUAUUAAUUAGAUAUUAUGUUCUUAGCUAUGUUCUAGAAAUGUAAUGGUAACAUAUGCUUGCAGAAUGUUCAAGAUGCAAUUGGUCUCUGUUGUGUACACACAUGCUCAAUCCAUUAUAGGUACAGCAAUCAAUGCUCCAAAGCACAAUAGUUAAAAGAUGAGAGUUUGCAUGUAAACUGUAAAGCCCUCUAAUCAGUGUAAUGUAGAGUUCACUUAUCUUAUCUUUCUGUUAAUAAUUUUGGUCACAAACCAUUAUAUUAUCUAUUGUCUAUUCAGCCAUGGAGGCAAAAACAUAAAAUUAAUAUAAAUAUUAUCAUAAUAUUUUGACGAUUGUGUGUCCAGGCCAGAGAUUUGAAUUGAAACUGCAGGUGCACACAAUAAAGUAAAAUAUGUGAACAUAACAUGGAGUUGUUCUGUGAUCAAUCUGAAAUAAUUAUGAAACAUUAUUUUUAGUUAAAUAUAAUGUUAUUGUUAGUUCAAAUGAUGACUAUACAUUGACUAUAGAUGUUUUGUUUUGAUUACGAAUUUUUAUUUUAUAUAGUAAAAUUUGCUUAACCUUUUAAAUAAACGUGGCAU